GUAAUGAAUUGCUUAACCAGAUCAUUCUUCUCUAAACCUCUCACCCCAAAACCCAUACCCCUUUACUUGACAUUCUCUACCUUCAAAACAUUCUCCCAAAUCUUCCAGCAAUGCGCCCACGGCAGAGCUCUCCACCCAGGAAAACAGGCCCACGCCCGCAUGCUCAUCUCCGGGUUCGACCCCACCGUCUUCGUUUCCAAUUGCCUCAUCCAAAUGUACCUCAAAUGCCGCGUUUUGCGCUAUGCAGCCAAGGUGUUCGACGAAAUGCCUCAAAGGGACACUGUGUCGUGGAACACCAUGAUUUUCGGGUACGCCGAGAGCGGCGACAUGGGGCUUGCGCAGGCCUGUUUUGACGCAAUGCCGGCGAGAGAUGUGGUUUCUUGGAACUCGUUGGUUUCGGGGUACUUGCGCAACGGGGAGUGUUUCGAGACCAUUGAUGUGUAUGUGAAGAUGGUGAGUGCUGGGGUGGGAUUCGACCGUACUACGUCUGCUGUUGUAUUGAAAGCGUGUGCCGCCAUGGAGGAGAUUGAAUUGGGGAUUCAAAUUCACUGUGUUUCGGUCAAGAUGGCUUUCGACAUUGAUGUGUACACGGGGAGUGCUUUAGCUGAUAUGUAUGCCAAGUGUAGGAGGCUAGAUUGUUCACUUCGGGUUUUUCAUGAACUGCCUGAGAAGAAUUCGGUGUUGUGGAGCGCUGUGAUUGCUGGUUCGGUGCAGAAUGAUAGGUUUGUGAUGGCUGUGGAACUGUUUAAUGAGAUGCAGAGAGCCGGCGUUGGGGUGAGUCAAGCUACCUAUGCUAGUGUUUUCAGGUCGUGUGCAGGGUUAUCUGCGUAUAGUUUAGGCACUCAGUUACAUGGGCAUGCUGUCAAAACACAGUUUCAUUCUGAUGUCGUGGUUGGUACUGCCACAUUGGACAUGUACGCAAAAUCUGACAAUGUAGCUGAUGCCAGAAAGAUGUUUAACUCGAUGCCCAACCGAAAUUUGCAGUCUUAUAAUGCAAUGAUAGUUGGCUAUGCUCGAAAUGGGCAAGGUUUUGAAGCUCUGCAGCUCUUUAUGCUUCUGCAGAAGUCUGGCACUGGGUUAGAUGAAAUAACAUUGUCUGGUGCCCUUAAUGCUUGUGCAAUGAUCAAAGGACGCUUGGAGGGCCUUCAACUACAAGGAUUAGUUAUUAAGAGUAGUUUCAGAUCCAAUGUAUGUGUAACAAAUGCAAUUCUCGACAUGUAUGGUAAAUGCGGAGAUGUGUUUGGAGCUUCUCAUGUGUUUGAUGAGAUGGUACGAAGAGAUGCCGUGUCUUGGAAUGCAAUUAUUGCAGCUCACGAACAGAACAAAAAUAAAGUGGGCACACUUUCCUGUUUUGUUUCCAUGUUACGCUCAAGGAUGGAACCUGACGAGUUCACCUAUGGUAGUGUUUUAAAAGCUUGUGCAGGUCAGCGUUCUUUAAACCAUGGUAUGGAAAUCCAUAGCAAAAUAAUUAAAUCUGGAAAGGGCACGAACUUGUUUAUUGGUGGUGCCCUUGUUGACAUGUACUCAAAGUGUGGAAUGAUGGAAGAGGCCGAAAAAGUACAUCAUAGAACAGAACAGACGAUGGUCUCAUGGAACGCGAUCAUAUCUGGUUUUUCACUGCUUAAGCAAAAUGAGGAUGCACAGACCUUUUUUUCUCAGAUGUUGGAAAUAGGAGCAAAGCCUGAUAAUUUCACAUAUGCAACAGUGCUGGAUACUUGUGCGAAUUUGGCUACUGUGGGACUGGGGAAACAGAUCCAUGCUCAAAUUAUCAAGCAUGAAUUGCAAUCAGAUGUAUAUGUGACCAGCACCCUUGUUGAUAUGUAUGCCAAGUGUGGUAACAUGCAAGACUCUCUUCUUAUGUUCAAGAAAGCACCUAAGCGGGAUGCUGUGACAUGGAAUGCCAUGAUUUCUGGCUUUGCAAACUUUGGUCUCGGAGAAGAUGCCCUUAGAAUUUUUAAAAAUAUGCAGCUUGAGAAUGUGGAGCCAAACCACGCAACAUUUGUUUCCAUCCUCCGAGCUUGUGGACACAUUGGAAAUGCUGAACAAGGUUUAUACUACUUCCGGACAAUGCUUUCUGACUAUGGGUUGAAGCCUCAGUUGGAGCAUUACUCGUGUAUGGUGGAUAUUAUAGGGAGGUCGGGCCAAGUCGAUGAAGCACUGAGACUUAUUCAAGAUAUGCCUUAUGAACCUGAUGAUGUCAUAUGGAGAAAUCUGCUUAGCAUUUGCAAGCUUCAUGGGAAUGUACAAGUGGCUGAAAUAGCAGCCAACUUUAUUUGGCAAUUGGAUCCACAAGACUCUUCUACCUAUGUUCUGUUGUCACAUAUAUAUGCUGAAGCUGGAAUGUGGGGGGAGGUGUCAAAGAUGAGGAGAAGAAUGAGGUAUGAUGGGAUGAAGAAGGAGCCGGGUUGCAGCUGGAUUGAGGUAAAAGAUGAAGUACAUGCUUUUUUUGUUGGGGACAAGGCUCAUCCAAGAAGUACGGAGCUAUAUGAGAGACUUGAUUUGUUAGUUGUUGAGAUGAUGGGGAUUGGUUAUAGGCCAGAAAUUGAAUUUGUGUUUAGUGAGAAUAUGGAAGAGUAGGAGCACCUAGACUAGGUAUGUAUUGGAACUUUACAAAUGUGUAACUUUACAAA